CAUUGCUGCACGUUGCAGUCUUACAGCAGCACGACGGAAAUCGAACGCAGCAAUGAGCGUUGCAAUGCAACGGAACCAGGAUGAAAAGAGGAGAUCAGUAACAGCCAUUCCUGGCAACGUCCGACCUCAACCAUUCCUGUAUUUCGCCGUGCCACCUCGUAGGCUAAGAUAAGCAGCCACUGCCACCGUCCGAUCGGACUACUAAUUGAUCCAACCAUUGCGGUGCGACGAUGCUGCUGCGUCGCCUCGUUCUCAUCGCGACUCUGCUCUUAGUGAGCGCCUCGGCCUCGCCGCUGCUCUCCGCUGCUGCUGCGGCGGCGGGAGGCGCUUCAGCCGCCCUUUCCGCAGGGGGAGGAGCAGCGCCGCCCGUGCGAGGAGCAAAGGCUGUGGGAGUAGCGGCGCUUCCCGCCGUGGCGCAGUGCACGCGGUCGUUCUUGCCGGGAUACACGGCGUCAGCCACGCUGGACCCAAGGGGCAUUAUCCUGCAUUGGCAGGUGUACUCCUCGUCGGAAAUGGACCUGGCCCUCGAAGUCAGAUCCACCAGUAACGCUCACAAGGGCUGGAUAGCCGUUGGAUUCUCCAAGGCAGGGAAGAUGGUCGGCUCAGAUGCAGUGGUGGGAAAUCUGGCCGGGCGAAGUGGCGUUGGCGCUUACGCAUUGGCUGGGGCCAAGCUAGCAGCAGUGAAACCGACCCGAAGGUUCCGUAUUUCCAAGAUCUCCGUUACAAGCAACUCGCGCGGGACAAUAAUGAGGUUCACGCGAACAGGCUACGCUGGUGCGGUCCGUCUCAAGUAUCGCGGCUCAAACACGAUCCUCUGGGCGCACUCCGCCUCGGGGGCGUCCAAAGCACUCGAUUAUCACUCACCCAAGAACCGGGGUGCAGUGGCAGUGAAUUUCGGGUGCAAGGUGUAACAGUGCCUCAUGUAACUGCGCACCGCCCAUUCUUGUGAAGUAGUCUGAGUAUGAUGUUGCAGCUUUGGGCCCAACUAGCGGAGGGAGGCUCCAUUCGUCAGGUUAUCCUUAUCAAUGCGAGCAUCUCAAUAACUUAAGGGUAUGUGC